AUGGACUCCUCCGCCCCGCGACAAGACCGUGCGCCCUCACCUCCGGCCACCCGUCCUGAACCUCGCCCGGCCUCCGCAGAAGCCCCCGAACUCCCCGGAACUCUGGGGACUGUCAUCGGACGCGAUCUCACAGCGUUCGGUCGCACCGUCACAGCAACCGCGGGACAGCUCAUCGGCCCGUUCGCGGACGCCGGACAUCCGAACCAUUACACCAACACCAUGGGCGACAUCUCGAAGCAGCUAGCGAAGCGCCCCUCGAUCCAGAAGCGAAUGCUGUCGUUUAACCACCGCUCGCCUACCGAGCUCGUCAGAUCGAAGCUGUCGACCGCAGAGAUUCAGCAUCGCGCGCUGACCCAUGUGCCCGAUGAGAUGCUCUCCGAUAUCCCCGCCGCGGAGCACGCCUACUCGCUAUUCCAGGGCUUCCAGGCGACAAUUCCAGACGAGACUUUUGCGGCUACCGAGCGCGGGAGAACCAGGCACCGGAGACGCUCCUCCGGGAAGCAUAAGGCGCUGGAAGGGCUGAAUGGCUUGACGCCGGAAGGCCCGCCAACCCUGGUCCAUAUGGCCCGCGAGAAGGCGGCGCUCACAAGACAGCUGGAAAUGUUGGCCAUCAGGAAGAAUAUGGCUUCUGCGGAAAUCAGGGAGAUCGAUAUGAAGAUUACCAACCUUAACCAGAUGCGGAACAUUGUCUUCGACAGAUUAGCACAGCUGGAGCAGGAGGAAAGCGAGGUAGAGCACGAGAUUGUCUCUGUGGAGAACAAGAUCGAAGAAAUGGAGGAUGAGCUCGAGAUGACCGGCGAAGGGGCAGCCCAUCGCGCUGAUCCAUCCUCGUCCGAGGACACUGCUGGUGAAGCCGGUGACUCGUUUAUGUCUGAAUCUAUCUACAACAAAAUACCUGGCAAACAACCUCGGAAACGGAAAGCCAACCGGAGAAUAUCGAAACCUGUGCUUCAUGGACACCUCGAACCUGGCGCCGCAAUCAAAGAUAUGCAAACUCACAACGACACCAUAACAUGCUUAGAUUUUGAUGUACCGUUUGGAACCAUGGUUACCGCAGCACUGGACGACACCGUCAGGGUUUGGGACUUAGGUUCAGGUAGAUGUCUGGGCAUGCUGGAAGGUCACCAUGCUUCUGUUCGCUGUCUCCAAGUCGAGGACAACAUCGUGGCUACUGGUUCCGCGGAUGCAUCGAUUCGGUUGUGGGAUCUCUCUAGAGCAGAGAGCUACCGCUACACGCCUGACGAAGAAGAGGAUGGUACCCCUUCGCGCACGACACCAUCCAUGGAGGAGUGCCACAUUUUGACCUUGGGCUCGCACAUUGACGAGGUGACUGCUCUCUACUUCCAAGGCGACAUGUUGGUUUCCGGCAGUGAGGACAAGACAUUACGGCAAUGGGAUCUGGAGAAGGGGAGAUGCGUGCAGACCCUCGACGUCCUCUGGGCCGCCGCGCAAAGCAGCAUGGACGAGGGAAAGUGGAGGACGCCCAACGGCCGGGUGGCGGGCGGUGAUUCCGGCGACUUUGUGGGCGCGUUGCAGUGUUUCGAUGCCGCGUUGGCGUGUGGAACUGCCGAUGGAAUGGUCAGACUGUGGGACUUGAGGAGUGGACAGGUUCAUCGUUCUCUGGUCGGUCACACUGGGCCUGUCACAGCACUGCAGUUCGACGAUAUGCACCUUGUAACUGGCUCCUUAGACCGAAGCAUUCGAAUCUGGGAUCUCCGAACUGGCACGAUCUUUGAUGCCUUUGGGUAUAACAACCCAGUUACGAGCAUGCAAUUCGACGCACGCCGGAUCGUUUCCGCGGUCGGCGAGAACGUCGUCAAGAUCUACGACAAGACCGACGGCCGGCAUUGGGACUGUGGUGCUGGCCUCAAGGACGACGACGCAAGUAAAGCCGCUUCCGUCGUCGACAGAGUCAGGGUCAAGGAUGGAUACCUGGUUGAGGGAAGACGUGAUGGUAUGGUCGGAGUCUGGUCGGUUUAA